AUGGCCACCUCUGCCGUGCAUUUAGAGCUUGCCACUGACUAUUCAACAGCUGGAUUCCUGGCCGCUUUCAAGAAGUUCUGCUCUCGUCGUGGGAUCUGCGCCACACUAGCAAGCGACUAUGGCACCAACCUCGUCGGGGCGGAUGCGGAAUUGCGACGGUUGUUCUCCUCCGCCUCCAAAGAGCUUUUCAACCCUCCCGCCGCGCCGCAUUUUGGCGGCAAGUGGGAGGCAGCCGUCAAAUCGACCAAGUUUUACUUGAAGCGAGUUAUUGGUGAUACUCUUCUCACCUACGAGGAGUUCGCUACCGUUCUCGCCCAAGUCGAGGUCGUACUCAACUCUCGCCCCAUUUGUCCAAUGUCAGAGGAUCCAUCGGACAUUGACGCGCUCACGCCCGCUCAUUUUUUGACGGGCGACCCGCUGAUGCUAUUUCCAGAACCAUCGUUAACGGACGUCCCGCUCGGUUAA